CCGGCGGCGCCCAGACCCAGAGGGCCGCGGCGAUGGUCGGGGCCGGAGACCGGCGGCCGCAGCAGUAGCGGGGCGGGUCGAGAGCGAGCCGCGCGCCCAGCAUGGGCGGCGGGGGCCGGCUGCAGCCGCUGCCGUUGCUGCCGCUGCUGCUUCUCCUGCGGGUCUCGGCGGGGCCAGUCCCGGGCGAAGUGGACGCCGAGGCCUGGCUGCAGUCCUACGGCUACCUCCCCGCGCCCAGCCGGCAGCUGUCCCCGCUGCGCGCAGCCCGGAGCCUCUCGGCCGCCCUCGCGGAGAUGCAGGCCUUCUACGGCAUCCCGGUGACCGGCGCGCUGGACGAGCAGACCCGAGCAUGGAUGAAGCGUCCCCGGUGCGGAGUUCCUGACAAAAUUGGGGCUCAGGUCAAAGCUAACAUGCGGCGGAAGCGAUACGCUCUGACUGGACGGAGGUGGAGCCAGACGCACCUGACCUUUAGCAUCCAGAACCAUACGGAGAAGCUGGGGUUCUUCCAUUCGUAUGACGCCAUUCGCCGAGCUAUCCGUGUAUGGGGGCAAGUGACCCCGCUGGCCUUCCAGGAGAUCCCAUACAAUGAAAUUAGACAGACGAGGAGAGGAGAGGCUGACAUCAUGGUGCUCUUUGCCUCGGGAUUCCAUGGGGACAGUUCCCCCUUUGACGGCACCGGGGGCUUUCUGGCACAUGCGUAUUUUCCAGGUCCUGGAAUGGGAGGAGAUGUUCAUUUUGACUUGGACGAGCCCUGGACACUAGAGAACACAGAGGUGCUGGGAAACAACCUCUUCCUGGUGGCCAUGCAUGAGCUGGGCCAUUCCUUGGGCCUAGAGCACUCUAGCAACCCUGGUGCCAUCAUGGCUCCUUUCUACCAGUGGAUGGACACAGAGAACUUCAAGCUGCCAGAUGACGACCUUCGGGGGAUCCAGCAGCUGUAUAGGACGCCAGGAGAGCAGCCUACCAAGCCCCUGCCCACCAUGGUGCCCCGGAAGCCAGAUCAGAAGCCUCCAGGCAAGCCGAACCAGCCUCCCCAGCCCGGCCCCCCAGACCCACCGGAGCCCAACAUCUGCGAAGGGAACUUCGAUACGGUCACUGUUCUGCGCGGAGAGAUGUUUGUGUUCAAGGGCCACUGGUUCUGGCGGGUUCGCCACAACCGGGUGCUGGACAACUACCCCAUGCCCAUUGGGUACUUCUGGAGGGGGCUCCCUGGAAACAUUGAUGCUGCCUACGAGAGGCAAGACGGGCGAUUUGCCUUCUUUAAAGGGGGCCAGUACUGGCUCUUCCGAGAGGCAAACCUGGAACCUGGCUACCCGCAGCCCCUGAGCAGUUAUGGGCUGGGCAUUCCUCACGACAGAGUGGAUGCUGCUGUUUGGUGGGAGCCCACGGGCCACACUUUCUUCUUCCAAGGAGACAGGUACUGGCGCUUUGAUGAGGACAGGGACUCUGUGGACCACGGCUACCCAAGGAAGGUCAGCGUCUGGGCCGGGGUCCCUCCUGCCCCCAAGGGCGCCUUUCUCAGCCCUGAUGCCGCCCACACGUAUUUCUACAAGGGCAGGUUGUAUUGGAAGUUCAACAACGAGCGGCUGAAAACAGAGCCUGGCUACCCCAAAUCCAUUCUGCGGGACUUCAUGGGCUGCCAGGAGGAGGCAGCUGUGGACCCGGACCCCGGCCAUCGCUGGCCUGAUGCCGGCCAGCCCCCUUUCAAGCCCCGGCAGGACAAGGAAACGGAGGAGGGUGCUGUGGCCCCAGGCCCGGAGGAGGAGGAGGAGGAGGAGGAAUCCACUGUGGAGAAGGAUGCUGGGGAGGGCAGGGGGCGGGGUGGGGAGGGGGGCGGGGACAUGGACAUCGUGGUGCACAUCAACGAUUACCCACUGAUGGUGAGCAUCGCCAUGGCAGUGGUGCUGCUGCUCCUGCUGCUGUGUGUCCUGGGGCUGGCCUACGUCAUUGUGCGGCUGCAGCGGAAGGGCCAUCCCCAUGCGCUCCUCUACUGCAAGCGGUCCCUGCAGGAGUGGGUCUGAAGCCAGAGAGCUGCCAUGGGGCAGGCUGGGGCCGGGGAAACGCUGCCUCCUCUCCCGCCUCCUCCGGGCAACCUGGCUGCUCAGUUGGAGGAAACCCUGGGGUCUUGGGCAGACUCUGGGGCCUGUUGCAGGAAAGGUUUGUGGCCCAAACAUGGCUGCUGCAGCCCGGCACCACCUUAGAUGCUGGAGGCUGAGCCCCUUCUGCAGACGGAGGGACGGUUGGCCCGCUUGAGCAAGGAGAGGAAAGGCAGCCGGUGAUGAGUGGCUUUUUCCUGACCUGCUGCUGGAGAGGAAUCCUGUAGAUCUUACUCUGCACUCUGAGAUCUAGUCCAUCCUUGGGGAUCCAGGCCUGGGCUUCACUGUUUGGGAUCUAUUGAGUCUCCUCUGCAUGUGCUCCAGAGAUGCGUUCAGAGCUGCUAGCUGGGCCUUGGGGGUAGGGAGAGCCGCUUCAUGGCCAGUGGCGGCAGCUGGGCUUGGCCAGCAGUGGGCAUCAGUCAGUGGCCAAUGGGCCAGGGGUUGAGGGGCUGACAUCCUGAAAACCUUAGUCUAUUUUUGUAAAUUCCUUUUUCCAGAGCGUCUCUGGUUGCAAAGCUAAACUUGGAAAACUUCCUUCUACUGUAAACGUGUUUCUGCUCCUACUGACAUUUAAUGCUGCUUGAACCCUCUGAAGAUGAGGCUCAGGCUUCCGUGGAGGCCUGGUCUGGUUGCCUACAUAGCUCUGGGUCGCUCCUUCCGGCCUCCCCCCUAUUUUUCUGCUCCUGGUUCUCUCUUCAUAGACACUGGAGUGAGUCCUUGACAGGCACGCAGGCCAGGCCCACCAGUUGCCCCCCAUAUCUGGCUUGAAGACCCCUGGGAGGUAUCGGGGUGAGCUCUCCACAAGGAAGGGCCAUUUGGUUCUUCCUGAGGCAGCCAUCCAGCAAACCAGGCAAUGGGGUGAUGAGAACGAUCCCGUUCCUGGAUCGUUGGGCAUCAGCAGUUCUCAGACUUGAAGGGCCACCAGGAGCCCACUUGAGAUGAUACCCUGACCACUCUCCCUUGAGGGGGAGAAGGUCCCCGGGGCACAGGCGGAUGGAAGGAACUGCCUGCUCAGCAAGUUGUAUGUGCAGGAAUUGUUCACGUGCCUUCUCCCCAAGACGAGAACUUUCUGUAAGCUGGUCAGAAGCAGCUGUGGAACUGGGCUUGAGCCCCUCGGUUCUCAGGAAGGAUUUCUGAGUCACUGCUUGGGUUGUGGCUUUCCUCAACCUGAUGUGCUCCGGCAGUGUUGCAUGACAGCUCCCACUUUUUGUGGUAAGCAUAACUGGCAUCUCUGAGGCUGCCCAACGUAAGCAUGUACCCACGAUCAUUGGUGACACGUGCUGGGCAGGUUCUUCACCAGCUCCCAAGCUGGUGGGAGUAGAACCCCAAAACCUGUGUGACUUUUGCUGCUGCUGCUUUUUGCUCUGCCCACAUGCUUGCCUGGAGCUUUCUUCCUGUUGCACAUUAAGCCAUAGCCAGGCCAGGCACACUGAGCCAAUUGGAAGGGCAUAGUCAAUGGCUAUGGGCUCUCUAUCCUAGCUGGUGUUGGAUUUGUAAAGAGGAAAUGGUCUGUCUAAAUUCUGCAUCAAGGAAAACUGGUUUCUGGAGCCCAUAUAGGGUAUACAAAUGUAAAUAUUGCUGAUUUCAUUGUUCAUCCUGUUUCUGUAGAACCGCUGGGAUUGAGGAGCUUGCUGGUCCCUUCUCUGUAUCCCUGGAAAAAUAAUUUGGAUGCUCUUCAAAGGUUCUCUGUUCAAGCUUCACUGCCACGAGGGUUUUAUGUGCCUGGAAGUGGCGCUUCUUCAGUGGCCUUUCGAGAGGCGAGGGAGGAAACAUGAAUCCGGCAGGACGCUCUGCUGGAGUGCUGCUCCUGAGAGUUCAGGGCUUGCUUCUAAGCGGGUGGUCUUUGGGCACCAGAGGAAAGCCAGCAUAAUCUCUUUGCUAAAAUUGAAAAUGGCAUCUUGGAAGUAGAAUGAAUGAAGUGAUGGGAGGCAAUUUGUGGGAUUGGGGAGACCAUCCACACGCAGAGCUUUUCCCUGCUUGGCCAGGAAUCCCUGCCUUGUUUUCCUCCUGUGCUGGGCCAUUGAAGGUGCCCUGCUGGCCUUUCGGGAGGGGGCUGGGCUGCAGUGGCCAUCUUCAAGUCAGGCUUGGCCACUUCCCUGGCUAGCUGCCAUUUCCCUCCCUGUUGUUUAUUCAUUCAGUCGCUUCUGACUCUUCGUGGCUUCACGGACCAGCCCACGCCAGAGCUUCCUGUAGGUCGUCAACACCCCCAGCUCCCCCAGGGACGAGUCCGUCACCUCUAGAAUAUCAUCCAUCCACCUUGCCCUUGGUCGGCCCCUCUUCCUUUUGCCCUCCACUCCCCCUAGCAUCAGCAUCUUCUCCAGGGUGUCCUGUCUUCUCAUUAUGUGGCCAAAGUAUUUCAGUUUUGCCUUUAAUAUCGUUCCCUCAAGUGAGUAGUCUGGCUUUAUUUCCUGGAGGAUGGACUGGUUUGAUCUUCUUGCAGUCCAAGGCACUCUCAGGAUUUUCCUCCAGCACCACAGCUCAAAAGCAUCUGCCUUCCUUCCCUCCCUGCUGUUGCCAAAUUCUCCGUAGGGAGUCAGCCUGGCUAAAGGCAGCAGGGGCCGGUGGCCCCGUUCCUCGGAGAAUGGCUGCCUCCUGCAGCCUGAGGUCAAAGCAGCCCCUUCCUCCCUUUUGUGGGGGCCACCUUGUUCCUGUCUCAGUGCCUGGUGUGCUUUUGGGGAAAGAAGCUGAUCCACUGUGGUUGGUAUUUGGAAUGCUAGGGAGGGUAACGGGUUUGAUGAAAGGCAUUUUCUGUGCAUCGGAUCAGGCAGCUUGUCUGCUGAUUGUGAAGGCUGAAAGAACUGCAUCCAUGUAACAUGCAUGAACACACACCCUCAUCUGUCAAUAAAACAUUUGUGCCGAUGCUUCACAUGAACCA